CCGGAGCUGGCCACUUUUGACACCCUCGGCAUCUGGACAGCUGUAUUGAGGAAACGCAUCCUGACUCUAGCGACAAAUUCUUCUUAAUGGCAGUUGUGAACUUUCCGUAGUCCAGUUGCAGUUUCUUUCUGGAAAUGCACCUCGGCAUGGACCAGGGACACUGCCCGAGAAACGACAAUUCUCCCACACCCGAGAAAGAGCAGAGCUUUCCUUAAAGUGCCUAGAGGAAAUCUGUAUACCCAGGAUGACAAGGCGAGAAUGCCACUCUGUAUGUGUUCGGAGCCCCUGCACUGAGCCGUGCUGGCCCCCACAGAGCCCUGGGGCUCAGCUGGAAGAAGGAUAAGGAAUUUGGACGGGUCCUGCUGCUCAUUCGUCUGUUGUGUCCACACCCUGUCUGUUGCUUGUUUUUCCCAGUUAACUCCCCAUCCUUGCCAACCACUCACCCCCCAGCAUGUUUCAAACUGCACUCAGCUUAUUUAUUUACGUAUUUAUUUGGAAUAUUUUUCUCCCGUCCUACACAAUCCAAUUGUCCCAGGACAGCUUCUUUCUUUAUUUAAAACAUUUGUAUCCUGUCCUUUCCGAUAAAACGGCUCAGGAUGGCUUACAAGAAUUCAAACAGUAACACUAAUUCAUUAAUUAAUGCUAACAGACUAAUUCAAUAACACAAUAAUUAAAACAAUAGAUAAUAGGAAAGCAUAAAACCGAUGCUUUCAUAAAAUUCAAGCAAAAUAUAAAUUACAAUACAAAUCAACAAUAACUACACGAACAAUCGAAAACACAAUAACAAGCAAACAAAAUACAACUGGGAAUAUAAUCAAACCAGAUUAAAAUGAUUUAAACCUUAACAUGUUGGACAAAUGGAAAGGCUGUUGUCUCCUGCGGGACCUGGCAUCUCAAAGGGAGCAGGUGUGGCAUCGGUGCAACCUUCGGGGAGGCAGAGAUGCCCUAACCUUCUUCUAUGAUUUUAUGUUCUCCUUGGGUUCAUGGAGUCCUCGGAAAGGCUGGUGGAGAAUGGUGGCAUUCCGUAAUUCCUUGUUCAUCCUUGGAGUCCAUUUGAUACAGCAAUAUGUUCCCCCCUCCGAGGGUAUCAUAGGCAUGCUGCUCCCUGGAGGGUCCUGCUUCUCACCUGGAUGACCAUUGCCGGUGCUACUCAGGGAACAGACAAAAGGUCCCCGGAGUCUGACCAGGCCCUCCAGGUCCACCACAGCCGCCCGCCAGGCCACGGUGCAUGGUCCCACUGGGGCAGCUGGAGUGCUUGUUCCAGCACCUGUGGAGAUGGAGCCUCCUUCCGAACCAGGAGAUGCAUCAGGUUCCCUGAGGAGGAGUUGUGUCGAGGGAAGCCUAGGCAGUACCGCGUGUGUGAACAAGACGACUGCCCUGCCGGCUCAGCACCUUUCCGGGAGAUCCAGUGUUCCCUCUACAAUGAAAAACCCAUUCUUGGUGGCCAGAUGCUCUAUGAGUGGACCCCAUUCCAUGGAGCUCCCAACCUCUGUGACCUAAAUUGCCUGGCAGUGGGACACAAUUUUUACUACUCCUUUGGACGGGUGUUGGAUGGGACCCGCUGCAGCCCAGAGUCUCGGGACCUUUGUAUCAGUGGCCGAUGCUUGAGAGCAGGCUGCGACGGGAUCCUGGGCUCCAACGCUCAAGCCGACGCCUGCGGCAUCUGCGGUGGCAGGAACGAGUCGUGUGUCUUCGUGCGGCAGGUUUUCCGGGUGGCGUUCCCCACCUCUGGUUCCUUUGGCUACCAGAACGUCACGCGGAUCCCAGCUGGAGCAAGGCACAUCAAGGUGACAGAGGACAGCCACAGCUAUCUGGCUCUGAUGGACGCAAACCAGCAAUAUCUCAUCAAUGGGGAAUGGUCCAUCGAUCGGCCGGGAGAAUAUGACGCGGCUGGCACCAAAGUGUAUUAUGCGCGUAUGGGCGAGACGCAUGAGAGCUUAGAGGCGGCUGGACCCACCCAGGAGGACCUACUAGUCAUGGUCCUCUUCCAGGAGGACAUGCCGAGCAUUGAGUACCAGUUUUGGCUUCUGAAGGAUCGGUUCCACCAGAUCCAGAGUGGCACCAGCUCCCUCCGCCAGCCACAGACCAGAGAGGUUGGGAAAGAUUCACCGGAGGAUCAUCAGACGUUCCCGCCAGCCACGCCUGUGUCACCCUACAUCCGGAACAUCUGGGAUAUUGCCAGAAAGGCCCCACAGGUGGAGGCAACCCCAGUGCCUGCAAGGACAUCCACCCCCACAGGAAGGUGCAGGAAGUGCGACAUGCCGAAGGGGAAAUCCCAGCGCAUCCGACACUACUGCAGCAGCGACUUCGUUUUCCGGGCCCAGAUCCUUUCGAAGCGCCACAUCGGCCAGGAGACCCGCUACGACGUGCAGGUCAGACACACGUACCGCAACCGCUUCCCCAUCGUCCACCGUGAGUAUGUCUGGGUCCCCAACACCUGUGACUGCCCCACGCUGUCCGAGCAGCAUGAGUACGUCCUCAUGGCCCGGCGCCAUGUCAACUUCGAGAACACCCUCAACCGCAUCCUGCUGCCUCGGGGGAGCUACGCCCGGCCCUGGUCGCCCCGGGAAGACCUCCAGCUCCGUGAGGUGUCCAAGCACUGUGGGACAUGGUGAGCGGCUCGGCCAUGGGGGUGAGGCCUGCUGUGCCGAAGAUGGAAGAGGCAGCGGGUGGCACUGGGGGAGGCGGAUGUUCCAGCUAACCCUAACCCUGGACCCCGACCCAGAGCAGAAAUCUGGUCCCCUCGGCCUCCACAUGCAGCACAGCUGCUUCAGACCAUACAUUCCCACCACUGGAGACAUCCCAGACAUCUGUCCAACAUACACACAAAGAGGAACUCUCUCACACACCUGAGUCGUCAGGUGGCAAGACACACCAUCUUGGUCCGUUCCAGAUCUCACACCCCCAUCCCAGCUGCUGUUGGCUAGUUCCUCUGUCCCACACCAAUGGAGGGGAUCCUCUUCGUCCACCUGGCUGAGUCGCACUGGGGGAAAUAAAUCCACGUUCUCACCACCUGUCAGUGCUUUCACAAGGCUCACGUCCAGGAUGGAUUUCUUAGUGCCGGGGUCCAUAGACUCUUUUCCACUCCGUGUCGGAGGGAAGGGAUGCAAAGUUUGAUUGAACCCUCAAUUUUCUCCUAAGGCUCCAAGCGAGGAGCUGGAGGGACUUGGAGGUUGUCCAAGGGAGAGGCUCUUGCAAGGAUGUAGAGGUUGCGUCCUUGAGCGGUCCUGUGGGCACCGACACAUACAGAACCUGUGUCUCAGAAAGGAAUUGCGGAGGACUGUCGGGGCAAGAAUCUUACGGCCUUUGUAAGAAAAAAUAGGACAUCCCCUGAAAA